AUGGUCGGGGAGAUGAGUGAGCAGGUCCGGGAAAGACCAAGGCCUAGCCCGGACUAUCUGAUGCAGUUGAUGACGGACCGGAAGGUGAUGAGCUCGCUGCCCAACUUCACUGGCAUUUUCACACACCUGGAGCGGCUCCUAGAAGAAGGUAAAUGUGUAGGCUCAAUGCAUAUUUUUUAGAAGAUUUACAAAAGACAUGGUAGCCUAGGUCUAUAAUUAGUUGGUGGAUAUGUCAAUUAUGUUGCUUGGUAUAGGCUACAACUUUUUGAUCCAAGUGUUACCUAAACUAAAAACAAAGUAUUGGCCCAAACUUAGCUCCAACUUGAUUAAAAGUAUGCAAAAAUUAUGUCCAUUUAAAAUGAUGUGUUUGCUCAACUUGUCUCAUAUGUUCAUUCAACUACAAAUUAUUAUUUGGGCAUCUUAACUAAAAAAGUAUAUGAAACUGGUUACACACACACAAUCAGUCCUUUUAAUAUACAAUGUUUUCAACUGACAUAUUUGACACAUAUGAUUACAUUGUGCAUGUUCAUUUACAGUAAUUAUUAUUCAACAUGUCCUCACUUGGGAUUUGAACUCACAACCUCAUGGUUCACAGCAUUCCGAUCUUCCUGUUACACACCAUUUCUGUGUCAAUUAUCAGUUAAUCUGACUAUUCUCUUAACAUUGAUUUGAUUUACUUAUUUCAGCAAUUUUUUGUUUUUCUGUAUAGUUGUCUAAUGUUGGUGGGGCAAUACAGGUGAAAUCAAUCAUUGACACAGACAUGGUGGCGUAGCAGGAAUAUUGCAAUGCCGUAAACCAAGAGGUUGUGAAUGAAUCAAUGAAUGAAUGACAUUUUAUUUUCAUGUCAAAUCGCCAAUUGGCAACCCAUCCCUUAUGGGAUUAAUUGACACAUAAACAAACAUUACAAUAAUUCACUGUGGUAAUUAAAUUAUCAUUCUUCUUCUGGUGUUCUCUGCAUUGCGCAUCGCAUUAAGAGUGAAAAAAUGUAAGGUAAAAAUCUAUACAUAAUAGAUAAGGUUAUCCAAACAAUAAUUAUAUCCCUAGAGCAGUAAAAUAAUAUACAUACAUACAUACACACCGUAUAUAUACACAUACAUACAUACAUACAUACAUACAUACAUACAUACAUACAUACAUACAUACAUACAUACAUACAUACAUACAUACAUACAUACAUACAUACAUACAUACAUACAUACAUACAUACAUACAUACAUACAUACAUACAGAUAAAUAAAUACAGGAAAAAAGAAACAGAAGGCAUUUGAACCCAGUCUGUCACAAAGAGAAGAUGAGUUCUAAUCCCAGGUGUGAACAUGUAAAUUGAAAACAUUGUAUGUUAAAAGCAGUGUGUGUGUAACUAGUUCCACAGCCUUUUUUAGGUAAGAUGCCCAGAAAAUAGUUUGUAGUUGAAUUAUACAUAUAUUUUUUGUUCAGGUAACACUUAGACCAAAAAGUAAAGUAAAAAAAGAAAUAAAGGCUGUUGAACCAGUUACCUGAUAAUAAUAAGAGACAGAUUUACAUUUACUGGGGGGGAGGUGCUGGUCCAAAUCAAGGUGUCAUCAACCACUCCACACAUUUCUUGUUAACAAACUAUAGUUUUGGCAAGUUGGUAGGACAUCUAUUUUGUGCAUGACCCAAGUAAUUUUUCCAACAAUUGUUUACAGACAGAUUAUUUCACUUAUAAUUCACUAUAUCACAAUUCCAGUGAGUCAGAAGUUUACAUACACUAAGUUGACUCUGCCUUUAAACAGCUUGGAAAAUUCCAGAAAAUGAUGGCUUUAGAAGGUUCUGAUAGUCUAAUUGACAUCAUUUGAGUCAAUUGGAGGUGUACCAGUGGAUGUAUUUCAAGGCCUACCUUCAAACUCAGUGCCUCUUUGCUUGACAUCAUGGGAAAAUCCAAAUAAAUCAGCCAAGACCUCAGAAUUUUUUUUGUAGACCUCCACAAGUCUGGUUAAUCCUUGGGAGCAAUUUCCAAAUGCCUGAAGGUACCACGUUCAUCUGUACAAACAAUAGUACGCAAGUAUAAACACCAUGGGACCACGCAGCCGUCAUACCGCUCAGGAAGGAGACGCGUUCUGUCUCCUAGAGAUUAACGUACUUUGGUGCGAAAAGUGAAAAUCAAUCCCAGAACAACAGCAAAGGACAUUGUGAAGAAGCUGGAGGAAACAGGUACAAAAUUAUCUAUAUCCACAGUAAAACAAGUCCUAUAGUGACAUAACCUGAAAGGACGCUCAGCAAGGAAGAAGCCACUGCUCCAAAACCGCCAUAAAAAAGCCAGACUACGGUUUGCAACUGCACAUGGGGACAAAGAUUGUAAUUUUUGGAGAAAUGUCCUCUGGUCUGAUGAAUCAAAAAUAGAACUGUUUGGCCAUAAUGACCAUCGUUAUGUUUGGAGGAAAAAGGGGGUGCUUGCAAGCCGAAUAAUCAAAUCAAAUCAAAUCACAUUUUAUUGGUCACAUGCGCCGAAUACAACAGGUGCAGACAUUACAGUGAAAUGCUUACUUACAGCCCAAUGGACAAUGACCCCAAGCAUACUUCCAAAGUUAUGGCAAAAUGGCUUAAGGACAACAAAGUCAAGGUAUUGGAGUGGCCAUCACAAAACCCUGACCUCAAUCCUAUAGAAAAUGUGUGGGCAGAACUGAAAAAGCGUGUGUGAGCAAGGAGGCCUACAAACCUGACUCAGUUACACCAGCUCUGUCAGGAGGAAUGGACCAAAAUUCACCCAACUUAUUGUGGGAAGCUUGUGGAAGGCUACCUGAAACAUUUGACCCAAGUUAAACAAUUUAAAGGCAAUGCUACCAAAUACUAAUUGAGUGUAUGUAAACUUCUGACCCACUUGGAAUGUGAUGAAAGAAAUAAAAGCUGAAAUAAAACAUUCUCUCUACUAUUAUUCUGACAUUUCCCAUUCUUAAAAUAAAGUGGUGAUCCUAACUGACCUAAGACAGGGAAUUUUUACUAGGAUUAAAUGUCAGGAGUAGGGAAAACUGAGUUUAAAUGUAUUUGGCUAAGGUAUAUGUAAACUUCCGACUUCAACUGUAUAUAAAAUAUAUGCAACACAUUUUCCACAAACAGGUUUCUGUGCCAAUUCACCACACAACCAAUAAACAAAGCAUACCAACUUGGGCACUUCAAUAUCAUGGUUUGUGUUUUCAACACCACAAUAAAUAGACUUUGUCAAUCUCAACAAACGUUUGAUAGUUUGUUUUUAUGUACAGUGCCUUCGGAAAGUAUUCAGACCCCUUGACUUUUUCCACAUUUUGUUACGUUACAUCCUUAUUCUAAAAUGGAUUAAAUAAAUACAAAUCCUCAGCAAUCUACACACAAUACCCCAUAAUGACAAACCAAAAACAGGUUGUUAGACAUUUUUGCAAUUUUAUUAAAAAUAAAAAACAGAAAUACCUUAUUUACAGUGGCUUGUGAAAGUAUUCACCCCUUUGGCAUUUUUCCUUUUUUGUUGCCUUACAACCUGAAAUUAAAAUGGAUUUUUGGGGGUUUUUUAUCAUUUGAUUUACACAACAUGCCUACCAUUUUGAAGAUGCAAAAUCUAUUUUCUUUGUGAAACAAACAAGAAAUAAGACCAAAUAAACAGAAUACUUGAUCGUGCAUAACUAUCACUUACUAGGCCAUUCUGGGGGCAGAAGUAAAAUAAAUGACAGUAGGGGGCUAUAUAUAAAAGGGGGGUACCGUUGCAGAGUCAAUGUGCGGGGGCACCGGCUUAGUUGAGGUAGUUGAGGUAAUAGUAAAUGUGGGUAGAGUUAAAGGGGACAUGCAUAAAUACUUAACAGAGUAGCAGAGCGUAAAAAGGAUGGGGUGGGGGGCAGGGGCCAAAUUGUGGGUAGCCAUGAUUAGUGUUCAGGAGUCUUAGGCUUGGGGGUAGAAGCUGUGAGAAAGUCUUUUGGACCUAGACUUGGCACUCCGGUUACCGCUUGCCGUGCGGUAGCAGAGAGAAAAACAGUCUAUGACUAGGGUGGCUGGAGUCUUUGACAAUUUGAGGGCCUUCCUCUGACACCGCCUGGUAUAGAGGUCCUGGAUGGCAGGAAGCUUUGCCCCAGUGAUGUACUGGGCCGUACGCACUACCCUCUGUAGUGCCUUGCGGUCGGAGGCCAAGCAGUUGCCAUACCAGGCGGUGAUGCAACCAGUCAGGAUGCUCUCGAUGGUGCAGCUGUAUAAUUUUUUGAGGAUCUGAGGACCCAUGCCAAAUCUUUUUAGUCUCCUGAGGGGGAAUAGGCUUUGUCGUGCCCUCUUCACGACUGUCUUGGUGUGUUUGGACCAUGAUAGUUCAUUGGUGAUGUGGACACCAAGGAACUUGAAGCUCUCAACCUGUUCCACUACAGCCCCGUCGAUGAGAAUGGGGGCGUGCUCAGUCCUCUUUUUUUUCCUGUAGUCCACAAUCAUCUCCUUUGUCUUGGUCACGUUGAGGGAGAGGUUGUUGUCCUGGCACCACACGGCCAGAUCUCUGACCUCCUCCCUAUAGGCUGUCUCAUCGUUGUCGGUGAUCAGGCCUACCACUGUUGUGUCGUCGGCAAACUUAAUGAUGGUGUUGGAGUCGUGCCUGGCCAUGCAGUCAUGGGUGAACAGAGAGUACAGGAGGGGACUGAGCACGCACCCCUGAGGGGCCCCCGUGUUGAGGAUCAGUGUGGCAGAUGUGUUGUUACCUACCCUUACCACCUGGGGGCGGCCCGUCAGGAAGUCCAGGAUCCAGUUGCAGAGGGAGGUGUUUAGUCCCAGGAUCCUUAGCUUAGUGAUGAGCUUAGAGGGCACUAUGGUGUUGAAUGCUGAGCUGUAGUCAAUGAAUAGCAUUCUCACGUAGGUGUUCCUCUUGUCCAGGUGGGAAAGGGCAGUGUGGAGUGCGAUAGAGAUUGCAUCAUCUGUGGAUCUGUUGGGGCGGUAUGCAAAUUGGAGUGGGUCUAGGGUUUCUGGGAUUAUGCUGUUGAUGUGAGCCAUGACCAGUCUUUCAAAGCACUUCAUGGCUACAGACGUCAGUGCUACGGGUCGGUAGUCAUUUAGGCAGGUUAUCUUAGAGUUCUUGGGCACGGGGACUAUGGUGGUCUGCUUGAAACAUGUUGGUAUUACAGACUCAGUCAGGGACAUGUUGAAAAUGUCAGUGAAGACACUUGCCAGUUGGUCAGCACAUGCUCGGAGUACACGUCCUGGUAAUCCGUCUGGCCCUGCGGCCUUGUGAAUGUUGACCUGCUUAAAAGUCUUACUCACAUCGGCUACGGAGAGCGUGAUCACAUAGUGAACACCAUCCCAACUGUGAAGCACGGGGGUGGCAGCAUCAUGCUGUGGGGGUGCUUUGCUGCAGGAGGGACUGGUGCACUUCACAAAAUAGAUGGCAUCAUGAGGAAGGAAAAUGAUGUGGAUAUAUUGAAGCAACAUCUCAAGACAUCAGUCCGGAAGUUAAAGCUUGGUCGCAAAUGGGUCUUCCAAAUGGACAAUGACCCCAAGCAUACUUCCAAAGUUGUGGCAAAAUGGCUUAAGGACAACAAAGUCAAGGUAUUGGAGUGGCCAUCACAAAACCCUGACCUCAAUCCUAUAGAAAAUGUGUGGGCAGAACUGAAAAAGUGUGUGUGAGCAAGGAGGCCUACAAACCUGACUCAGUUACACCAGCUCUGUCAGGAGGAAUGGACCAAAAUUCACCCAACUUAUUGUGGGAAGCUUGUGGAAGGCUACCUGAAACGUUUGACCCAAUUUAAACAAUUUAAAGGCAAUGCUACCAAAUACUAAUUGAGUGUAUGUAAACUUCUGACCCACUUGGAAUGUGAUGAAAGAAAUAAAAGCUGAAAUAAAACAUUCUCUCUACUAUUAUUCUGACAUUUCCCAUUCUUAAAAUAAAGUGGUGAUCCUAACUGACCUAAGACAGGGAAUUUUUACUAGGAUUAAAUGUCAGGAGUAGGGAAAACUGAGUUUAAAUGUAUUUGGCUAAGGUAUAUGUAAACUUCCGACUUCAACUGUAUAUAAAAUAUAUGCAACACAUUUUCCACAAACAGGUUUAUGUGCCAAUUCACCACACAACCAAUAAACAAAGCAUACCAACUUGGGCACUUCAAUAUCAUGGUUUGUGUUUUCAACACCACAAUAAAUAGACUUUGUCAAUCUCAACAAACGUUUGAUAGUUUGUUUGUAUGUACAGUGCCUUCGGAAAGUAUUCAGACCCCUUGACUUUUUCCACAUUUUGCUACGUUACAUCCUUAUUCUAAAAUGGAUUAAAUAAAUACAAAUCCUCAGCAAUCUACACACAAUACUCCAUAAUGACAAACCAAAAACAGGUUGUUAGACAUUUUUGCAAUUUUAUUAAAAAUAAAAAACAGAAAUACCUUAUUUACAGUGGCUUGUGAAAGUAUUCACCCCUUUGGCAUUUUUCCUUUUUUGUUGCCUUACAACCUGGAAUUAAAAUGGAUUUUUGUGGGGUUUGUAUCAUUUGAUUUACACAACAUGCCUACCAUUUUGAAGAUGCAAAAUCUAUUUUUUGUGUGAAACAAACAAGAAAUAAGACCAAAUAAACAGAAUACUUGAUCAUGCAUAACUAUUCACUUUGACUAGGCCAUUCCAAGACAUUUAAAUGUUUCCCCUUAAACCACUCGAGUGUUGCUUUAGCAGUAUGCUUAGGGUCAUUGUCCUGCUGGAAGGUGAACGUCCGUCCCAGUCUCAAAUCUCUGUAAGACUGAAACAGGUUUCCCUCAAGAAUUUCCCUGUAUUUAGCGCCAUCCAUCAAUCCUUCAAUUCUGACCAGUUUCCCAGUCCCUGCCGAUGAAAAACAUCCCCACAGCAUGAUGCUGCCACCACCAUGCUUCACUGUGGGGAUGGUGUUCUCGGGGUGAUGAGCGGUGUUGGGUUUGCGCCAGACAUAGUGUUUUCCUUGAUGGCCAAAAAGCUCAGGACUUUAUGGUAGAGUGACCAGACGGAAUCCACUCUUCAGUAAAAGGCACAUGACAGCCUGCAUGGAGUUUUCCAAAAGGCGCCUAAAGACUCUCAGAUCAUGAGAAACAAGAUUCUCUUGUCUGAUGAAACCAAGAUUGAACGUUUUGGCCUGAAUACCAAGUGUCACGUCUGAAGGAAACCUGGCACCAUCCCUACGGUGAAGCAUGGUGGCGGCAGCAUCAUGCUGUGGGAAUGUUUUUCAGCGGCAGGGACUGGGAGACUAGUCAGGAUCGAGGGAAAGAUGAACAGAGCAAAGUACAGAGAGAACCUGCUCCAGAGCGCUCAGGACCUCAGACUGGGUCGAAGGUUCAUCUUCCAACAGGACAACGACCCUAAGCACACAGCCAAGACAAUGCAGGAGUCUUUGAAUGUCAUUGAGUGGCCCAGCCAGAGCCCGCACUUGAACCCGAUCGAACAUCUCUGGAGAGACCUGAAAAUAGCUGUGCGGCAAUGCUCCCCAUCCAACCUGACAGAGCUUGAGAGCAUCUGCAGAGAAGAAUGGGAGAAACUCCCCAAAUACAGGUGUGCCAAGCUUGUAGCGUCAUACCCAAGAAGACUCGAUGCAAUUACAUAGAUACAGACACAUUACAGAGAGGGAGACUAAAAAAUGCUCAACCUCCAGAUGAGUAUGAGGGGGGUGUUUAAGUACAAUUCUUACAAGCUUGUUUGGCUGGUAGCUUAUUCUUUAGAUGUUUGGGGCUGCUGGUGAACCAUGAUGUGCAGACACAAUCAAAGUGACACUGGAGUAGCGCACUAGCUAGGUUUCCAUCCAAUUGGCGACAGAUUUUAAUGCAAAUAUUCUAAAAUCUUCAUAAAAACAACAUGCCAUUUCAGAGUUUCCUUUAGGAAAAUCUGUCACCGGACAACUUGACAGGGAAGAUUUAAAUUUACCGGACAUUUGAGAAUUUUACCGGACAUCCAUAUGCAUUCAGAUACGAACUUGCGCAGCCAGCGCCAUUAAUAAACUAGGGAUAUUGGCCAAAUGAGCCAUAUUUACGUGUCCUUAAAAACAGCCUAUAACAAAUUACAAAAACACUAUUCCUUGUUUUGCAAUGUGUAGCAUAUGCAACACUUUAUAGCCAAUUUUCUUUAUUGCUUUUUAGGCUACUUUCCUAAAACAAUAAUUGUCCACCUCACUGUUCACCUGUCAGAGAUUUGAGCAUUACAUGAAUCAGGGCAUUGCAUGCAUAGGCCUAUAGGCUUAGAUGCCCACUGUAUGAUAUUAACAUUUUAAUAAAUAUAUAUAGCCUAUAUAAAGGAAGAUAAUCUUAGGCCUAACCCGAGAGAUACAGAGAGAUAGAAAUAUGCCGGUGGCAUGCUACGACACCGACAUGCAUUUAUUUAUGUCAGAUGGCUACUGCGUCUGCUAUAUAGAUAUAGAUGUACAGAAGGAGGCUAAUUCGUAACUUUUUCAAUCAGAAUAUUUUGUAUAAAGACAAGCAUUAUAUUGUUAGAUUAUAGGAGUAACUCUGGUCUUCCUCACCUCAAGUUCAAUAGUCAGAGUCAGUUGGAGCGCCGGGGCACACUUCCUUCAUAUCAUAGGCCUGCAGUAGCUAAAGCUUAAUAAUAGCCACACCAUACCAAACCUUCACAAACAUUUCUAAACUUUAUUAGGGUAAUAUCAAAGUAAGUCAAGCCAUUGUUUAUAGGGAAAAUAUGAGCAGAAGAGCAAAUGUUAACCAGGGGAAAAACGCACUACCCUCCCUUGUGCCCAAUAAAAACCCACACAACCCUCCCCAAAGCAAAAAAUAAGUUUGACAACCCUCCCCUAUUCUGUCCCUAAGUUCAAACAACAAGAUUUAUUUUACAGUGUACUGUGAGAUACACAUACGCACACAUGCGUGCACACACACACACACACACACACACACACACACACACACACACACACACACACACAAUAAUACACACACACCAGGCAGUGGGUGCUGUGAACAAACGGACAGUUGUUAGUCUGGGCCGGUGACCUAAUGUGCGAGGGGUGUGAAUGUGGCGCCCCAUCCCCGGCCAGGCACGAGGCUCAGUACACACACGGUCAAUGGGAUGUCAGCCUGAAAAUAUUUGACUGUGGAGGACCGACUUAGACAAGUCGAGCACCAUGCAGUAACAUUUAUUUAAACAGAAAAUCCCAUUGAGACCAAGGCCUCUUUUUCAAGGGAGCCUUGCACACAAUUAUACAAAUUCACAAUAUUUACAAUUUCAACACACACACCUGUUAUGUUAUGUGGAAUUAUUGAUCAGGUUAACAGUGGUCAUGGUGUUGUUUUUGACAAGGGAAAAUCAGAGGGGGAGAAAGAAAGAAAAAGUAGUAAGAGAGAAGAGAGGAAGACAAGAGAGAGGAAGAGGGGGAGUUAUUUGCGCUAGGAUUUAUCUCAACACUUCAACCUACCAUUACACUAUCUAGAGCUGUCUCUGUAUUUAUAGACUGGACCAUGGUCAAACAUGCACAUACUUACACACUCAUGCACUCACUGUCUCUCUUUCCGUCCUACAGCCACAUUAUUCAUAUUGUGUUAGUUUAACUACUGUGGCUGUCUCAUCCAAGACACAUCAUCCACUGUGCGUGUGUGUUAUAUUGUGUGUGUGUGUGUGUAGUGUACGUUUACUUUUAGGUCUGUGUGUGCGCGUGUGUAAUAAUCAGGUUUACGUGUGAGGUCAGGUGUUAUUAGAGGCUUAAAGCUGUUGUGAUUAUAGCUUUACAUAAUUAACGGUUCUAGUUAUUAUUACUAUGGUCAAACUUAGUUAUCACUCUGCUUCCGUCAGGCCAUAGUUAUUUCACAGGUUAGUGUGUGUGUGUGUGUGUGUGUGUGUGCGUGUGUGCGUGUGUGUGCAGUAGCCUAGCGGGUUAUUAUAGUGGUUGGCUAUUAUAUGUUGUUAGUAAUGCAUCAUGCAACAAUAUUGGAAGUCUGAGUCAGACAGCUUUAAACAAACACACACACUCUGUCUUUAUUUUGUUAUUGGGCCUAGUGUUCUAAAUGAUCAGUUUCUCUCGCUCUCUUCUUUCUCUCUCUUUCUCCCUCCAUCAGAGAUAGGUAGAGUGCGCAAGGACAUGUAUAACGACUCGAUGAAUGGAGGUGUGGCCGCCGAGGGUCGGAACUCUGAGGAGCUGCCUAAUGGGAUUGGUCCAGUGGCUCAGCUGCAGGAGAAGCUCUACGUGCCUGUCAAAGAGUACCCCGACGUGAGUGGACAAACCUUUUUUCACCCUUUGUAGACUUUAUUGCAGUGUCUAUCCAGAGUGACAGCAUAUCUAUACCGAAAUCAACCCCUUUCCAUAACAACAGAAGCUUCCAGCCCAUUGGAGGGUAAGGUAGAGCCAUUGCCAUGUUGAUACUCCUGUCCGGUCCUUUCAGAUUUGUUAACAUAGAUGGGGUAGCAGUAAAGGGGAAAGGGCUGCUUUCUAAGCUCCCAGCCCUUAUAAAAGAGGGCAGAGGACAUCAGAUAGAGGUGAUGACAGAAGCUUCUCUUCAUACACAUGAUAAAAUGGCGCGGGUGCACAAACACACACAGACACACGCAGAACGACCCACACAAACUCACAUAAGACGAUGGAACAGAUGAGAUCAGGGCUAAAAAUAAUGACUAGCUUCUCUCUCUAGUGUGUGUGUAUGAAUGCGUGUGCGUGCGGGUGUGCGUGCAUGUGGGUGUGUUAAAGGAGUUCUUUAGGAAUGAAGAGAAUGCGUUGACACCCGUAUAGAAGUUGGGGGUCAGAGAAACAAAAACAGACAGACACAAGGGUGUGAAAGGUAGAGAGACAGAGGGAAAGACAAACGGAGAGAGAGAUGGGAAAGAGGGAGAUAGAAAGAGAGCUAAAGAGAGUGAGAAAGAGAGAGAGGCAGCUGUCUUAUUAAUCUCUCAGCUCCAGUGACAGAUAAGGUUAAGAGUGUCCAGCCUCACCACAAGCCAACACACACAAUGACCUAUUCCUGACUCUCUCUCUCUCUCUCUCUCUCUCUCUCUCUCUCUCUCUCUCCACACACACACACACACACACACACACACACACACACACACACACACACACACACACACACACACACACACACACACACACACACACACACACACACACACACACACACACACACACACACACACACACAGAAGCCCAGAAUGAAAUUAAAUAUUAACAUGAAGAUUGCAGUAUGCAAAAAGAUAAGAAAUCUCUGUCUGUGCCAUCCUUGGUUCAACAUACUUUUAUUGCAGCAGCACUCUCUAAAUCAGUGGUGCCCAGCUUUCCUCCUGGAGAGUGAAUGGACGUGCAGGCUUUUUCUCCAGCCCUACUCUAAAUACAUGUCACAAUACCACAUUCUUUCGACAACUAAAUACUUUGGAGUGAGUCCGUUGUUUGUGAUUUCAUGGACAAUAGACUCUCCAAACCGACCAACAACACACACACACACACACACACGCGCGCGCGCGAGCGCGUACAGGCUUCAGUUUAUUUUUCCGUGUUGGGAGAGUUACCAACCACGGCCAGGAGUAUUUCAUGGCUAGGCACCAACUCCUGGACCUACAUAUUCUUAAAAUAUGUCUCUCUCUCUCUCUCUAUGUGUGUGUGUAUGUGUGUGUGUGUGUGUGUGUAGUUUAACUUUGUAGGUAGGAUCCUGGGUCCAAGGGGUCUGACAGCCAAACAGCUCGAGGCAGAGACAGGCUGUAAGAUUAUGGUACGAGGGAAAGGAUCCAUGAGAGAUAAAAAGAAGGUAGGUACGCUCACACCAAUGACGUGCGGUGAGGUUGGUGGCUGGGUAGACACUGGCUAUUAUCAAAGCCAGAUAUACUCACAAAUAAACAUUGAUGAAGCCCAAGUUCACCAUACAGUACAACAGAUAGCUCAAACAACCAGAUUGACAUAGGCUACUAACCGAAAUUGACAGACAAUUUUCACCAAAUGUAAAUACCAAUGUAGCCCAGAUACACAAGCGAUAGCCUCCGAUGGUGGCAUAUUUCAUAUCAUCCGACAAAAUGACACACUGCUCAACUCAGCUCAGCCAUAGAUCGAUGUAGCAUCCAAAGUUACAACCAAUAGGUGGCACUUAAAGACCAAUAUAUGGACACAUUUCAUCUGAAUAGUGUGGAACUCAAACUCCAGCCUUUCACAAUGGAUUUACGUGCGCAAACACACAUACACGUAAUAAUAUUAUUAUGUGAAAUAUUAUUACACACAUUUUAUCAGAAUAGUUUGCAAUCCAAACUCCAGCCUUUCACAAUGGAUUUACGCAUGCACGUAAACACACACACACACACACACACAUAAUAAUAAUAUUAUUACACACACAUAUACACUGAGUAUACAAAACCCCUGCUCUUUCCAUGACAGACUGACCAGGUGAAUCCAGGUGAAAGCUAUGAUGUCACUUGUUAAAUCCACUUCAAUCAGUGUAGAUGAAGGGGAGGAGACCGGUUAAAGAAGGAUUUUUAAGCCUUGAGGCAAUUGAGACAUGGAUUGUGUAUGUGUGCCAUUCAGAGGGUGAAUGGGCAAGACAAAAGAUUGAAGUGCCUUUGAACGGGGUAUGGAAGGCGCACCGGUUUGUGUCAAGAACAGCAAUGCUGCUGGGUUUUUCAUGCUCAACAGGUUCCCGUGUGUAUCAAGAAUGGUCCACCACCCAAAGGACAUCCAGCCAACUUGACACAACUGUGGGAAGCAUUGAAGUCAACAUGGGCCAGUAUCCCUGUGGAAUGCUUUCAACACCUUGUAAAGUCCAUGGCCCGAUGAAUUGAGGCUGUUCUGAGGGCAAAAGGGGGUGCAACUCAAUAUUAGGAAGGUGUUCUUAAUGUUUGGUAUACUCAGUGUAUAAUAAAUAAGGUUCUAACGAAAUGUCCAUAUCAAAAAUGAAAUGACUGAAAAAUGCAGUUCAAAACGUUAAAAAAGUGUCUCAUCAAAUUGAAAUUCUAGCUUGAUAAAUCAAAUGGAUCAAAUGGAUGUUGUCUAUUCUCAUGUUCAUUCAACAAUAGCAUAACCCGCAAAUUGCAAAGGAAAAUGCAUAUAGGCCUACCUUUACUUGUAAAUUAAGUCCAUUUGUCUGUCCUUCAGGAUGAGCUUCUUGGUGAUCAAACUCUUGUCUCCGAGCAACCACAACUUUCAUUGUGGCGCUGAUAUGUGCACAGCAGAACCCCGUGGCCAUUAUUUUAUUCUGCAGAACACGAAAGAGUGCAUCAGUUUAGCUGAAAAUCUCCACAUAGACCAUCAGCAGAAAGCCGGUUGAUGCCUUUGACAGCCAGGUAUCAUAUCCAGAGGCCAUCAGCAGCGUGUCGUUGUCCCGAUCUGAUGAAAGUCAAGAAGUGUAGGUGUUGGUCUCCCUCUCUGAAUUGUACCAAGUUUUCUUGGAAAUCCAACUUGGGAAAUUGUUUGAGGUGCAGUAUAGUGUCCAUUUGUCAUGUUGUUUUUUGCUGGCUAGCUAGCUUUGUUCAGUUCAACGGAUGCGAGCACAAAAUUAUGUAGACACCCAAAUGUGCAGAGCUUACCAUAGGCGUACCCACACAACAAGUUUAGGCAAUACACAUGGGCAAUCAACAGUGACUGGAGUAGGUAACAUGUUUUAAUGGAUUUGAAUGGAUGGGAAUGAAGGCAUGUAUACCCUGGUGCCUUUCCUGAGGUUUUGAUGCAGUUUUAUUAAAUGUUUAGAUUCUGAGCAUAAAAACCACCCGAAUCAUUGAAAAAACAUUAGAUAACAAAAAAGUAAUGACCAUUUUUUUAUAUGAUUUAUUUUGCUUUCCAAAACAGCUUUUUUUAUUAGAUUAUCAUAGGCCUACCCUGCCUACUGCACAUAAUUGGCUCACAUACUUCACAUUUUAGCAGACGCUCUUAUCCAAAGCAAUUUGCAGGAGUAAUUAGGAUUAAGUGUGUUGCUCAAUUGCACAUCGAGUCGGCUCAGGGAUUCAAACCAGCAACCUCUCAGUUAAUGGUCCAAUGCACUUAACUGCUAGGCUAACUGCCGGCCUCACAUGCAGGCAUGCAUGCACCUAUGUACACACACACAUAGCAUGGUGUAUUUAUUUUGGUACUAGAUUAUAAUGGAGUGGAGUAGAGGUGAAUAGAGCUGAGUCCAUCUGUUUCUCUGCUGGUUUUGGUUCUUUGGUUCUGGCCAGGGUGUCAGACUUACAGUGGAGCAGGUAACGGCAGGUGGAGCAUAUCAUCAGCAUUCCAUCUACCUCUCAUGAGAAUAUACCCAUCCCACACCUCAGAGAAAGAACGAAAGAGGGGAGAGAGGGAGGGAUGGAGAGAUGGGGAAAUUAGUUGAAAGAGAUAGAAAGAGUGGGUAGACAUUCUGACCUGUUGUUACAGAACUAAAGCCAAUGUGGACAGUUUUCUGGGAAUAUUAUUGUUUUGAAUGUAUAUCAGGAGGAGCUGAACAGAGGGAAACCUAACUGGGAACAUCUGAGUGAGGAACUCCAUGUACUCAUCACAGUGGAAGACACACACAACAGAGCUCAGAUCAAACUACAAAGAGCUACCGCAGAGGUCAAGAAACUACUCGUACCAGCCGUGAGUACCAUGAGUUUCAUGCUAUAAUUAUGUGUGUGUGUGUGUAUAUAUAUUGUAUACUGUAUGUCCCAAUGGGCAAAAACUGGUUGAAUCAACAUUGUUUCCACUUCAUUUCAACCCCAGAAAUCUAUGUGAUGACGUUGAAUCAACGUGGAAAACGAAUUGUAUUUGCAAAAAGAAAUCAACGUAAGGUCAUUCUGUAUUUCUUUCACCCAACUUUUCACCUAAGUCCAAUGACAUGGUGAAAUGUUUUGUUGAAUUCACAUUAGUUGACAGCUCAACCAAAUGUAAAUCAAAACUAGACUUUGUCUGUGCCCAGCGGGGUGUCUGUGUGUGUGUGUGUGUGUGUGUGUGUGUGUGUGUGUAUGUGUGUAUGUGUGUAAUUCGCCAGGCAGCAUCUAUAAAGGCGUAUCCAUGGUAAUGCAUGUUGUGAAAGGAGGAGGGGAUGAAUGGAGAGACUGUUCACUCUUUCUUUUCACUCUAUCACUCCUUUCACUCCUCUCUCACACUCAAUUCAUUCCCUCCUCCUCAUUCUCUUUCUCUUUUCUCACAUGAACUCUUUCCAUGCGUCCCUCAACAUUUCUCACAUUCUCAUAGCCAGCUACCCAAUGCCCCCACAACACAGACUGUCACGAGUGUCAGUGAUAUGCGGUGGAUCGAAGUCAGGCGCAGGACACAGAACUCUAAGAAACGUACUUUACUGAAAUAAGUAAAGAAUACAACACAGACUACCUCCACACAGGGAGGAACUAACCCACUCAACCAACGACACACGAAACGAAAAACAACCACGCACAAAACACAUUGGGAGCCACUGGGUUAAAUAGGGAAGGAGUGAUCACAAUAAUGGUCAACAGGUGUGUAACAAUAGACAACAGGUGCAACAUAGAAACAUAGAACAUAGAUCGGCAGCAGAUAGUAUUCCGGUGACGACGAACGCCGAAGCCUGCCCGAACAAGGAGGAGGGGCAGCCUCGGCAGAAUCCGUGACACAGACAAAGUAUUGCUAAACAUUUUGCUCUCACUCCUGAAUUCAACAUUGAAUAAAGUAGUUGUGAACUUUCAAACUCUCAAACUCUCAAAUUGCACUGCAUUGACUUACAGCAGGGAUAUUCAAGCUGGGGUCCGCGGACAACAAUAUAUAAAUGUGUUAGGAGUUACCUUUCUAGCUAAUAGGCUAUGUUAAAGUUAACUGUGGAUAGUGAAAAAUAAUUAACAACUAUCUACCAAAUCUAUUCAUUUGAACAUUUUGAUUACUUCUCCUUGCAAUUAUCAUUCCCCUGAUGAUCAGACAAGACAUCUGGCCCCCUGACUUACAGUAAUAUAACUUAUUCCCCCUUUCAACUUAUGCUGUCCCACCCCCCUCUGUUAAUGUCCAAUCAGUGUACAGUACAGUAUCCAUCAACACCAGAGAAGUUCUAGGGUAGGAGGGGGCUAAGCUGUGAAGUACCGGUACUAUAAUGAUAAAUGUUAACUUAACCAUGACGACCUGAGUGGGUGGGUGGGGGUUAAUGAUAUCUGUUAGUUUAACAUCGCUGGCCUAGCUGUACAGCUGUAUGCCUACAUCACUCACAAUCUGUUCACCAGAGUGUAACGUAAUUCAGCCUUCAGCCAACUGGAUGGAUAUUGAAUGUCCUGUGUGUGUGUGCGUGUGUGUAGGCUGAAGGAGAGGACAGUCUGAAGAAGAUGCAGUUGAUGGAGCUGGCCAUUCUCAAUGGAACCUACAGAGACGCCAACAUCAAGCAACGUAAGGAUGACAUCAUUACACUCUUAGAAAAAAGGGUUCCGAAAAGGUUCUACAUGGAACCCAAAAGGGUUAUACCUGGAACCAAAAGGGUUCUACCUCGAACCAAAAAGGGUUCUUCAAAGGGUUCUCCUCCACCCUUUUUUCCAAGAGUGUAGAAAGCGACUGUCCUGAAACCUUCGGAGGGGCUUUUUGAGGGAGAUUUUUUUCUUUUCCAACUAGUAAUGAUUUUCUUAUUUGUUUUUUUCGCUCUCUCUCUGUGUGUGCAUGUGUGUGUGUGUGUAUGUGUGUGUGUGUGUGUGUGUGUGUGCGUGUAUCUGUAUGUGUAUGUGUAUGUGUAUGUGUGGGUGGGUGCGUGCAUGUGUGUAGCCACUAUGGCUUUCUCCCUAGCCUCCUCUCAGCAGCAUCGGCUCAUCUCCAGUCCCUCCCCUGUUAUGCAGCAGGCUAUGAGAAACCCCGCCCCUGUUCAACAGCCCAACCUAAUGCCUCACCUGAUUCGUCAGAUCCAGAGUCAGCAGGCCCUCAUGCAAGGAGCCAAUCAGCAUGCAGGACUGAUGCAGCAAUCACCUGAAUCAGGAGGAUUCUUCUACACUCCCUACGAAUAUUCCCCCUACACCCUAACCCCAUCUAUACUAGAAUACCCCAUGGACACUAGUGGAGUAUUAGGUAAACACACACACACACAGAUCAAGUUAAUUUGGGAAUGAGGGUUGUGUUGUGUUGUAACCUGGUUGUAUUUCUCUCUCUGUCUCCAGGUAUGGCUUUCCAAACCAAAGGCUGAGAGAUAAACUCCCUCCUACACAUGGACCUCAGACACACACACACACACACCACACACCACACACACCACACACCACACACCACACACACACACACACACACACACACACACACACACACACACACACACACACACACACACACACACACACACAUACAUUUAUCUGAGAUGGGCCUCUUGACUGUCUUCUUAAUGUUUCUGUAACUGUUUGAUGAUGUCACUGUUAACCCCUGUGUUUUGGUGUUUUGACGAUGUGGUUGCGUGGUGAGCAGGAGCGAUGA